CAAUUAGUAAAAUAGAGAAGCAGUUUUGCGAGCUUGGACAUGUAAGGUAGAUAAAAAACAGUUGCCAAUAUUGGAUAUUAUGCUAGAGGUGCAGAAAAACCCAAUGUUCGAUAUUAGCCAUACAUCGAUUAUUCGAACACUAAAAGAGGAGCUCAUGGAAGACGAUUUUGAUAGGAGAACCCAAUUUUGUAAACAAAUGAUGGCAAUGUUAGAUAAUAUGGUGAUCCAAUUAGAACAUGUUUUCUUUUCUGAUAAGUGUACCUUUACACUUCACGGUUAUGCUAAUCGUCAAAAUUGCCGCUAUUGGUCUAGGGAAAAUCCUCACUGGAUGAGAGACGACCAUACGCAAUUCUCUGGAAAGGUUAAUGUUUGGGCAGAAAUCGUUGGCAAUCAUAUCAUAGGUCCCUUUAUCAUCGAUGGCAAUUUGAAUGGCGAUAAUUAAUUAGCACUGCUCCAAAAUAAUGUCGUGCCAACUUUAACGAACUUAUAUCCCGAUCCAGCAAACCCACAAGUUUCAGCGAAUAUGAUAUGGUUUCAGCAAGAUGGAGCACCGCCCCAUUACCAAAUCAAUGUCCGCCAGUACCUCAAUCGAGUAUUUCCAAAUCGGUGGAUAGGGAGGCGAGGAUCGAUGGAAUGGCCAGCACGAUCCCCUGAUCUGACAUCAUUAGACUUUUCCUUAUGGGAAUAUUUUAAAAGUAUUGUAUACAAAACUAAACCUCUCGACUUAACUGACUUAAGAAGACGAAUAACGCUUGAAAUUAGAUCGGUCACGUCUGAGAUGUUGAGUCACGUUAGAAGACAUUUUUAUUUCAGAUUAGAGGUUCGCGGCGAGCAUUUUGAACAUCUACAUUGAGAUGAUUUUUUUUUACUUUACCACCAAAAAAACAGUAUUACUUAUUAGUUUUUGAGUGAACGAAUUUCUG